CAGUACAAAAUACAAAAUAUAUAAUGUGAAUAAUGUGAAUCGUUAACUUAUUUUUUAAAAAUUAACUUCAUCAACCCACUUAAAACCAAAUAAAUGCACGUUUCAUAAUUUUUAAAUCGUAUUUAAUAUACCUUGUUAAUUAGUUUUGUGUGAAAUGUGUGAUUGUAGGAAAUGAUGUCGAGGAAAGUAGAUUAUAGUUCUUAGUAAUAUGAAUACUCCAAUAUCACACAUUGAAUAGCGGUGUAUAAAAUGAGUCAACAUAAAUUUUGGAGAGGUAUUGACGCUUUGAAGGUUUCAUCAGCGCAGAAUGUGCCAGAAAAGAUAGUAAAGCUUUGUUCUCUGGGCGCGGAUUUUCUCGCAUUAGGGAACGACCAUGGCCUCUAUUAUUGUAAUAUUGAAGAAGAGAAUUUAAAUUUUAGGAAAAUUAGUGGCGUCUCUGCUAUCGACAUAUCAUAUCACAAUGAUAUCUUGUAUGUUAUCAACGAACAUGGAAGACUAUAUAAGACAGAUAGCACUUUUAAAAACAAAGAAGAAAUCAUCGUAAAGGAAGAAUCAAAAUGCUGUCCUCACGGUUUUAAGAGUAACAGCUCUAAAGUUAAAUUUAGAAAUGUUGUAACUAGUGAUUUUGGACAGCUGUACAUAAGUAGUGAUGGGCACUUAUGGGGCUCAGGGGUUAUGCCCCAAAUAGGUUUAGAUACAAGUAUUAUUAAAAAAAUUCCAUUUUUUGAAGGAAGAACAGUUUACAGUGCUUCCAUUGGCCAAAAUUUCGCAGCUGUAAUAGCUAGAAAAACUGUAAGGCAAUCGGGCAAUUGUGACACCGACACUGAUAAUGAUGAUGAGGAAGUGUUCGCGUCAAAUUGCUCUCAGUGUCAAACUAUUAUUGGUCUUGCGUCCCCUGCAUCUGUUCCAUCUUUAUCGGAGACAUGUCCUCUUGGGGUACAUAUCAGUAAGUCAAGUGAAGACUCAAGCAGUACUACAGCUCCUCAAACAGAUGUUCAUGUGGAUGCUCAAAGCUUUACAGAAGAUUCUAGUCCCUCUUCAGAGGAAUCCAAAGUGGCUAAACAAACAUCCCCCACAUGUGUAAAUAGUAAUUUAGACUUAGACAAUACAUCAAAUAUUGAAGAUACAGAUGGCAAUUAUACUGAUGAGAAUGAAACUCCACAUGCAAGUACAGAGAAGUUGAAUAAUAUAUUUAUAAAUACAGAUGCAGCUAGACAGUUUCUAAGCAGACAGCUUUCUUGGGUUUCUGCUGGGGAGGACUAUCUAGUUGAGUAUACUGAAAAACCAACAAGAAUCAUUAAAGAGAAUGUAACAAAUAUAACUAAUUUUGUCUAUGAAGGUGUCAAAACUGUAGGAGAUAAAGUGGCCACAUUAUCAAGACAUGUUAGUGGCAGCAGUGAUAAUAAUGACAUUGUCGAAAUUCAAAACCGUAAUUGUAAUGAAGAAAUGAUUAGUUCACUACUGUACAGUUGUAAUUCAAGUAAGUUUGAUGAUCUACAAUUUUCUACAAGUACAAUUAGCAGUGAGAAGGAAUUUGAAGCAGCAAGAAAGAAUGAGACUUUGAACAAUAUUUCAAAACUUGGUAAAAAUAUUUUAGCCACCGAAUUGUGGACUUGGGGAGACAUUUCCCAUGGUCAGUUGGGUAUAGGAGAUACAGUAAAAAGAGUGAAGCCAAUGGUAGUUAUGAGUCUCUCAGGGUUUGGCCUCCAAAAAGUUUCUUGUGGAAAAUGGCAUUGUGCCGCUUUAACAUUAGAUGGGAGAUUAUUCAUGUGGGGAUAUAAUCAUUUCAAGCAGGUGAGUUUGGAUUCCAGGGAAGACAAAAGUAGUCCAAAACAAUUCACAGAAAAUUCUGACAGUGAUCGUAUCAGAGAUAUGAUAGCAACAGAUAAUCACAUGCUAGCAUACACACACAAUGAGAAUAUCUAUUACAUGGGCAAACAUACAGAUGGAUUUACAGAAGCAAUUGUUAACUUAAAUGAGAAAUCUAAUGAUACUGCAAAUGAUAAUGAGAAUGUAAAGACUGUGAAACUAGCAGAGCCCCAAAGCUUAAUAAAACCCCAAAAUGUAUGCUAUCACUGGAGGAUAUUAUCUAGUGGCAGUAUAAGUUAUUGUUCUUUGGAAGAAUCUGCUGUUUGUCCUGAAUUUCAAAACCUUUCAAUUGCUCAACGGUAUUUAGAGGAGAUGCUACUUAUAUAUCAUUCUCUAAUCAAACCAUUUCUUAAGAAAAGUAAAGCGAUCAGUUCAAAUUCCAAUGUUUAUGAACUGGUUUGUGAUGUAUUUAGUGACAUAUUAAAUUUAACAGCAUUAAAUGUGCUUUCAACAUGGCAAUAUGCUGAGAAACAUAUAAACGAAUGUGAUAUAUCGUUAAUAAAAAAUUUAGAAGAGUUUAUUUAUUUGUACAAAAAGUAUUAUAUAGCUGUAAGCAAUUUGAUUGUUAUUGGUGGGUUCGCUCAAAUAAACAACAUUGUUGAUGUACCAACAAGUGUUUAUAAUUUGUUUAGUGAUCAACUUCCAUCCAAUAAACAGAAAAAUAAUAAGAAAACAUCAGAAGCUGUUAUAGCAUUAGCUUUUGUUCAACCCUUGACAAGAUUAAGCUCAUAUAAAUGUAUUGCUCAAUCGUUAUUAAGGUACAGGACGAAAAGAAAAAAGGGUGAAAUGAAAUCCAACAUAGAAGAAAGAAUUUCAAAAGUUAUCUCGACAUUAGAUACAUUGAAUGAGGAACAAGAGAAAAGACGAAAGGAUGCUGAUGUUACAAAGUUGUUUUGGGAGACGAUAGGAAAGAGUUUAGAGCAUUAUAGAAUACCCGAACGUCGACUUUUAAGAGAAUCAAAAUCGAAACAACUCAAUCUUGUCAAUCCUGGACGGUUUUCCUCUCAUUGGUUUAUAUUAUUUAACGAUUUAUUUGUUCACGUCAACGGCAGUACACCAAUUCUACACCCAUUAGAAACGUUAUGGGUCGAUGCUGCGCCUAACAGUGACUCUCUUCUGAAUAUUCUACAAAUAACAACCCCUGAAGAAAUAAUAUUAGUUUCAACUAAUUCUGAACAAGAAAAAGCAGAGUGGAUUCAUGCAUUCAACGCUGCUAUAAAGGCUGUUUUAAAAAAGGACACAAUUUUUAAACCUCCUGCUAUUAGAAGUGCGAGUUAUAUAUUUUCAAGUAAACAUACAUUUUACAAAGAUGCAAAGUACACUGGUAGAUGGUUAGAUGGUAAAGUGCAUGGCAAUGGGAAAGUAGAAUGGCCUGAUGGCAAGGUUUAUGUUGGGCAAUUUCAAUUGAAUGCACUCUGUGGCCAUGGAAAAAUGGACAUACCUGGAGUAGGCAUAUAUGAUGGUCAGUGGAAAGACAACCUCCAGAAUGGUUAUGGUAUCAUGAAAUACGCGUCUGGGGAUAUAUACGAGGGCUACUUCAAAGAUGGACAUCCUCAUGGGCAUGGAAUCAAAAGACAGGGUGAUUUUACGUCAUCUUUUGCCACCAUAUAUACUGGAGAAUGGGCCGCAGGCGUACGUCAAGGAUACGGGGUUAUGGACGAUAUUGGUAAAGGUGAAAAGUAUUUGGGGAAUUGGAGCGAUAAUAAAAAGCACGGUUGUGGCCUUAUAGUGACCCUCGAAGGUAUUUACUAUGAAGGAUUGUUUACGCAAGAUGUUUUGACGGGUCAUGGAGUAAUGGUGUUUGAGGACGGGACACACUAUGAAGGCGAAUUUAGAUCAGCGGGAGUGUUUUCGGGGAAAGGUGUUCUAACGUUUUCCAGUGGCGAUCGCAUUGAAGGUGCCCUAACCGGCGCUUGGACAGAAGGCGUGAAAAUAUCCAAUGGUGUAAUGCACUUGAACGUUUCAAACCCCGCUUUACCGCCGAACUCCAAGCCCAAUUCUUUCGGCAAACUGAGCGUUGCGCCAAAUCAGAAAUGGAACGCCUUAUUCCGACAAUGCUUCCACUGUUUGGGCGUUCCGGAGACAAUAUUGACCCCAACCGGCAAUCAUUUCGCGAACGGGCCAUGUCCCACAAUCGAAAACAUUAAAAUCUGGCAAAACGUGGCCGUCGCUGUAUCCUGCUCUAACAAACAGCACACGAAGAGCCCCAAGAAAAAAAGUGGGUCGGAUUUAGAAAAAUCCGUAGACUGCCUAGAAGUCAUCCCACACUUUGGACAAAAGAGUCUAAAUCUAAACGAUUUCACGGAAUUAAAGCAGUACUUGUAUAACGCCUGUGAAACAACCCAGCAUCCUCUCGGUCAACUGGUGCUAAGCUUAACCAACGCGUUUAACACCACAUAUGGCGGGGUGAGAGUCCACCCACUCUUACUGAGCCAUGCUGUGAAGGAGUUAAAGAGUAUAACCACAAGAUUGUACCAAGUUGUGCGGUUGCUGUUCCCAGCUCUACCACCAGAGGGCACUGAUAUAGUCCUACCGUAUAAGGAGAGUGAGGACGGUCUUGAUGACAGUAACCCCAUCGAUGGCGAGGUGGUAUCAGCGGCGUCGCUCCUGCAGCCCACGCUCCUGCCGCGUGUGCACCCGGCCUUAUUUGUGCUGUACGCACUACAUAACAAGAGAGAAGACGAUCUAUAUUGGAGGAGAUUGCUCAAAUGGAAUAAACAGCCGGACACUACGCUCAUGGCUUUUCUGGGGAUUGAUCAAAAGUUCUGGACCAAAAGCAGUGGCCAGUCGCCGCCGUACUCGCCGGCGCGCGAGCAGCUGUUCCAGGAGGCCGUGGAGACGCUGCAGCAGCUGAAGACCACGUUCUCACCCAUGGAGAAGCUACUGGUCAUUCGGAGCACCUUCCAGAAGAUGACCACCGCCGUGCAGCAGGAACUCGGCGCGCAGUACCUGUGGAGCAUGGACGAGCUGUUCCCGGUGUUCCACUUCGUGGUGGUGCGCGCGCGCGUGCUGCAGCUCGGCUCCGAGCUGCACUUCGUGGAGGACUUCCUGCCGCCCGCGCUGCACCGCGGCGAGCUCGGCCUCAUGUUCACCACGCUCAAGGCCUGCUACUUCCAAAUACUUCAAGAAAAAAUGUCGAUCAAUUCGUUAUGAAUAAGUUUUAUUGUUAAUGUUAUCCUUUGUAUUGUCGGUCGGUGCUUGCUGCAGCAGAUAAAUGUAUUGCAUCUGUCAUGUUUGUUUGCUAAACCGCUAUAAGAGUGUGCGUUAGGAUCAUUAUACUCUUAAUUUUAAACAGAACAAAAUUCGAAGAAUUACCCACUAAAUAUACGAGCAAAUUUUAUACGAAAUAAAUUCUGUUGGAGUGAUGUCAAAAUGAUAACAAAUAGAAUAUAUUAUUAAAGAUAGCAGCAAUGAACAAUAGUAUAAGUAUAUAAGAAAAAUCAUUAUACUCUAUUCCUGUAAUAUAUAAAAAACAAAAACGGUUCAUACCUCACCAAUAGCAGAUCAAUCAGAAAUAUGCUUAUAUAUAAUUAUGAUUUUGUACAAUUUUCAAAACAGAUUUAUUCCAGGUCCUUCAAGUAAUUCCCAAUUUAAAAGACAAAAUAGGUACUAGGAAAUUGCUAAUAAACAUUAUAUUAUAUGUCCAGUCCAGUCUGUAUUAAUAACCCAGAUUAUAGAUAACCUGAAAAUGAUUUAAAAAUUGACGGUAGGGGGCGCAGUAUUCAAUUAAUUAUUCAAUGUUGAUGUUGAAAGUAGUAUUUUAUAAUGAUAAGGAUUAAAUUAGUAGGUAACUAAGCGUUGUUCAAUAAUUGCAAUAAUAUAAUUAACAAUUUAGACAUUCAUUUACAUUCCAUGUUCAAUUUCGGUAUGUCCUAUUUGUCUGUUAAGUGUUACCUGAUAUAAAUCAAUUGAUUAAUUUUAUAAAUUACUGUUUAAAUAGACUUAAAAUUUUUUGUCUGCUUGUUUAUUAUUUUAUGUAUUUAGGUUUUAUAAAUAUUGCAAGUUGUUCUAGU